UCACGCAUACACACGCACACAUACAAGGUCAUGUGCUGGUUUGUUACAAGAUACUGGAGGGAGGAACAUCUUUUCUUCCUCCACCCAAAAUACACACACAGAGACGGUUUGCUUGUACAUACAUGUCCUCUCACAGAUCACAUACAAAUACAAAAACACACGCUCUCUCCUCCCACCCUCUGUUUGUUCCUCCUCUCUCUCUCGUUCUUUCUCUCUCACUCUCUCCCUGGUCGAUGCUGUGAGUUCCUCCUCUCUGUGUUUGGGGGGGUUGAACACAGGAUUCUCACUGCUUUCCUCUCAGUCUGCAAUCAGCAACGGACACACACGCACACAGACGCAGCAGCUAUGAGCGCAGGCGAUGUGGUGUGCACAGGAUGGCUCAUAAAAUCCCCUCCGGAGAAGAAGCUAAAGAGAUUUUCAUGGCGAAAGCGAUGGUUUGUUUUGCGGAGGGGUCGGAUGAGCGGGGAUCCUGACGUUUUGGAAUAUUACCGUAGCAAGAGCUCCCGGAAACCAAUCAGAACCAUUGACCUGCAGGAGUGUGAGGUCACCAUUGAGGCAGAGGUACGGCCCACUAAACGUCAGUACCAAAAUCAGCACCUGUUUGUGGUCAAGACCACCACACGCAUCUUUUACCUGCUGGCCAAAACAGCAGAAGAGAUGAACAUCUGGGUACAGAACAUUGGACAGAUUUGUACGUUUGGAGGACUGAACAGACAUGCAGUGUGUGUAACAGGCGUGAGCCUCACGUGUUCAUCUGUGGGACUGAGAGCUUUAGAAAUGUCUGCCCACUACUAACGCACUGUUGAGUCUAAACAGGAAGAGAAAGAGAAUCAAUGGACAGUCUAAAUCACACUCCCUCUUCCCAGCAGCCAUCUCCAGCACUCUCUCCUCAUGUUUCUCUUGUGGCCAAUCAGGACACAGUUACCAUCGACAGCCACGCUGUCAUAGACAGGCCUAGCGAAUCAGAGAUCAGCCCUCCACUUGACUACCUCUUCCUCUCUCAGUGUGAAACCGGUACAAAGAGCAUCGUCAGGUGUGACAGCAUCUCUAAUUCUGAACGCUCCUUUGAGCAGAGCUCGUCUGAGUACACAGAGGAUGUGUUUAGCCCCACCCCACGCAUUGACUCCUCCCCUUUUCUUUUGGUUGGGGCGUCCGAGCCCCCAUUUAGCGCCCCCUGUGGGCCACUCUCUCUCUCCUCCUCUCUUUCGUCCUGCCUCUCAUCUCCCAUCUCUCUACGCCGUCCAUCGGACAUUUUCAGAUUCGACCGACCCUUCUGUGUGACAUCAGACCCACAGACGCCUCCUCCCCUCCCACCCAAACCCACACACCUGUCCGAUCACCCCAGUAAUGACGAUACCGGCCGUAAUCAGACACAACCUGCUCUCCUCCCUCGCAGGACGUCACUUUCAGGAAUAGACCACUUUAGGAAAGGAGAGUAUGACAAUGCUGGAAGAAACUGGAACAAACGUCUAAGCCUCAACCUGCCGAUAUUUCUGAAUACCACAGUUACUGAAAACCACUGUGAGGAUUCAUAUGUGCCCAUGGCCUCCCCACCAAUCAGCUGCUCUAAUGUCACUUCAGACGGCUACAUACCCAUGAGUCCCUCCACCCUGCCUGUCUCCCUACUGACCAACGGCAAAACAGAGCUGCCCUCACCUUCGAAUCCCGACCUUGAGCCUCCUCCAGUCGACCGCAACCUUAAACCAAAAAGACCAAAAAAGGUUCGACCGCCACCUUUAGACCUACGGGGCCUGUCCACAAUUUCUGAAUGUCCAUUCCACGUUCCUCUCACACGCACCAUGACAGAACCCAGCACAUCACUUCCUUUGGACAGGCGGCGGGAAUGGUGCUCUGAACAGGAAAGGAGCAUCACGCCAACGAUGCUCUUCUCAGCUUGUGAUUCUACCCCCUGGGUGAGGCCUUCUCAGCUGGAUUACUUGUCACUUGACUUCAACUCUGCCUCCCCCUCACCUGUCCAGAAGAAACCGCUGCUGGCAGACGAGUACAGGGUGGAUUACGUGCAGGUAGACGAGAAGAAGACACAGGCUUUACAAAGCACCAAGAUGGAGUGGAAGGAUGUCCGUCAGUCAAAAGCCUAAAGCCUUCUGAGGAGGAGGGGAAUAAUGCAUUUAAAUUAUUACAUGGUUCAAAACUUGACUUGUUUUCAUCUCCUACAGUUUCAGGUACAUGUUGAGUCUUUUACACUGCUGUGAAAGGAGCCAGUGCAGGGCUGGAUAAGAAACCUUCAGAAAUAAAAUGGCAGAAUAUUUAGGAAAUUAUUCCAGAAUAAAAGACCACCAGUGCAAUGACUCAAGAAUAAAGCUGUUUAUUUUGUAGUUUUUAAACCAGGAAGUGAAUUAGCAUUUUAGAUUGGGUUUCCUCUGGAAUUUCCUGUGGGUUUUUAGAAAUGUGGUAUGAGUACGUAUGAGGUUGACUUUACUUUGUUCUACAACAUAAAUUUCACACCUCAUGCCUUAAAUGUGAAUGAUGGUUUUUUUUUUGUUGUUGUUUUUUUAAAAAGUCCCUAACAAGUUGCUAAAUAAGGACUAAAGGCCCGUACACACCAAGAAUGAUGACUAUAAAGAUAAUGAUAAAGAUAUAGUUCUAAUAAUCGUUCUCAAUAUUAAAGAUUAACAGAGUUCACAGCACAGCUAUAAUGAUAACGGCACAGAGAAAUUAUAUUGUUGGAAUAAGUUUGGCCCUGUUUACACCUGGUAUUAAGAAGCGUUUUGACAGCCAAUCAGAAUCCAUCCUGCUGUAACGAGCUUGAACAAUAUCGUCCGCUGGUGUGGACGCUAAUGUAGUUAUCUUUAUAGUUAUCAUUCUUGGUGUGAAUGGGCCUUAAAUCUACCAGAAAGAAAUGAAAUUAUAGGCAUUACCAAGGUUGUUGUCCUUAUGUAGCAACUUGUUAGCUACAACACCAUUCAAAAGUUUGGGGUCGGUAAGAUUUUUUAAUGUUUUUGAAAGAAGUCUCUUAUCCGCAAUAAAUGCUGCAUUUAAUUGAUUCAAAAUACAGUAAAAAGUUAUUACAAUUUUAAAUAACUUUUUUCUAUUUUAAUAUAUUUUACAUUUUAAUUUAAAAUGUAUUAAAAUUAAAAUAUAAUUUUAAUUUUAAAAUAUAAUUUGGCAAAGCUGAAUUUUCAGUAUCAUUCUCCAGUCUUCAGUGUCACAUGAUCCUUCAGAAAUCAUUCUAAUAUUAUACUGACUUGCUGCUCAAGAAACAUUUCUUAUUAUUAAUCUUGAAAACAAUUAUUUUUGUGGAAACAUUGAUAUACAUUUUUUCAGGACUCUUUGAUGAAUAGAAAGUUCAAAAGAACAGCAUUUAUUUGAAAUAGAAAUAUUUUGUAACAUUUUAGAUGUCUUUACUGUCACUUUUGAGCAACUUAAAACAUCCUUGCUGAUUAAAAUUUCUUUAAAAAAAAAAAAAAAAUCUUACUGACCCCAAACUUGAAUGCAUUUUUUCAUUAAGAUAUGACUCUGUGUAAUUUAUGUCGCAAAACAUAAAAAGUUUUUCAAGUAACGUUUACCACAGACCUUAACUUAUUUCAUUUACAGAUUCAAAAUCAUGACUGAUCAGAUUGAAAAAUUGUUUCUAAAUCUGAAUGGAUAAUGAAAUCCCAACAGCUUGAAUCUUAUCUGAAAACAUUUGUCACCAAAGCCUGAACAUGUACAGAAUAUGAAUUUGUUUGCGCGAGCGCAAAUUAACACACUCUGAGACUUUAUAAAGGAAAUUAUUUAUACAAAUUAUUAAUUAUUGAUCAUUUGCUUAAGUUGAAGUACAGAGUGACUGUGGCACUCCCUGGGACAUUUACUUUGGAAUAAUUCCCCAAAUAUAAUGGCACACUGUUAGUUUUACAUCACUGAUGUAUGAGGCUCAGAUGUCACAUUGCCUAUUUGUGAAUUCUGAAAUAAUGUUUUCAAAGGUGUCAUGAAGUCUUUAAGUGGAUGUUCUGAAUAUGUUACAUAUUUAUGAUGCGUACAAUCACUGAAGAGUGUCAGAGAAAAAGAUUACGCCAAUAAAAGUGUCUCUUGCACUUUAAAAACACCCUUGAGACCAUGUUAAACAUGGACUUGCUUUACUGAAAUAUGUUUCAUGAGAGUCAGACCACUGUAAACCACUGAAACCACACACUGUGAUUGGACGCUGAAAUAAAUCAAUGAAGGAAGUGAAUGUUUUGUAGAAGGGAAAUCUGCCUUUUUUUUUAAAGAUUGAAUGUUGAGUGAAUGCUUAAUGUUGAAUAUGUUGGACUACUGUCAAAUUAUUGACUUAACAGGGUUAUGAAGGUCUGUCAACAUUUAUCGGAAUGUAUUUUUCCCAUCAACUUGGCCGGUUCACGAUUAUGAGGCAUUAUGAAUGUAUUUCUGUCUUGGGUUGUAGAAUUUUAGUGCCAUGUCAUGCUGUGCUUUUGACACUGUUCUUUUAUGGUGGUCAGAUUUGAUCUUUGCUGUACUGACAAGAGCACAAAAAAAUCUCAUGGGAAACCAUCACUGUGACAUCAUCAGUUUCCCGCCAAUCCUGGUAUUCUUUAGUGUAUGCUUUAUAUCUCAUGAAGAAAUGUAAUACAUGAGUGAGUGAGUGAGUGAGAAGAGAGAGAGAGAGAGAGAGUGUGUGUGUGUGUGUGUGUGUGUGUAAUUUAGAGACCUUACUAACCUGUGUGAAUCAAUGGGUUUAUCCGUCAGCAGGUAAAUUAUUGUGAUGCAUAUUGAACAAUAAAAUCACUUUAAAACAAUUCAGCUUAAUAAACUGGAAAAAAAAAACCAUCAAA